UAGAAGCAACCGUUCAAAUACAUUGCGCGGUGGACACAGUGUUCAACAUUUGACUGAUAAAGUUUUCACCUGUUUAGUAGUUGUAGUGCUGGUUAGGCGUAUGUUGUAAUGGAAAGCAAGUCCAAUUUUUAUACACUUUAAGAGAAAGUUCUCAUAUAUGAUUCGAUUCAAUUUUCGACAUGAAGUGUUUAAAAGUGGACGAGUACAUCAAGCGCAGUGCUUCAUUGAAAGAGACAGAACUUUUGCUUCAAGAUCUGGAGAGUUAUGUGAAGAGUGGACCAGGUUUACAGGGUCGCACGCUGUGUGACAGAGUCAUCAGAGCCUGUAACCAUCAGCUUGGAGUCGGAUCUCUUGACUUGGACCAUGUCUGUCAGUUAGUGAAGCUGGUGGAGCUUUCCAUUCAUGGCUAUGAUGUGUCUGCAUCACUUGUUCCUCAGAGCAGUCCAUUGUACAUAGAAAAAAUAAUUUUCCAUAUAGUAAAGAAGCUAAGUUCCCUAGAAGCUCACAAUUUAUGCAGUCAUGUGGCAGGGUUGCUGCACAGCAGGCUUUCUCCAACAUCAUGUCAUCAGACUGAGGACUACUGUAUUCUUGUGCGGAGUUGCUUCUCCGUGCUCUGGAAUGGACUUUCUGCAGCCAAAGACAGGAAAGUCCUAAAUGCCCAGGACAAACUCCACUACCAGAUGCAAGCACUUGCCUUCCUGCUGUUGUUGAAUGCAGAAACGUCUUCCUUCUCCAAAGUUCCAAUCUAUUCUGAUGAUGCCAUCACUGAGUUUGAGAGUAACUGUGACCGAGUGACCAAGGAGGAUGCGACCUUUCUUUUGCAGGAAGUGGACACACUUUUCAGCAGAGGUUGGGAUAGUGGCCGAGUUUGUAAUGGAGAUGUUGCUAUUCCAAGUUUAUUUGUGCUUUCAGAAAUAGUAUUAACUGUAGUUAAGGUGAUGUGCGUGGCUGGCCACAAUGAACUAGUCUCCAGCUUUCUGAAUGAAAUUGAAAGGAAAGUGCGAGGCUGUGGAGACUGUCAGUGUACACCUCUGUUGCUUGGUAAGUGGGCAGUAAAACUCCACUUGAUGAUGAAGGCCGGCAAAGAGAGUGCAGAGGGUUUGACAGAGUGUACCAAAGCCUUAAGGACACUCUCAGCAAACUUAGGGGACCAAGAAGCACAUGCAGUUCUGGAGGGCUGCAAAGUUGUUAUGUGGGCCGUUGAGAGUGCCCACAAAAAAGGAUUAAGUGGACCUGUACUUCUGGCCUGGUUUUCGUUUCUCGAGGAGCACCAAAAUCUGAUAUUGAAAAUGAUGAACAAGAAUUCAACUUGCCAAGCUGAAAGCAACAGACUGCAACAAACCCUUUGCAUUAGUCUUUAUCAAGGCUUUGUUUUUGCUUAUGAGAGUAUGCUCUCGUCACAGCUUGAGGACAGUGGUACCCUGGACCGGGUGCUGCUCUACUGCCAAGCCACAGCCGGACAGUUAAUAAGUGAACUUCGAAAGCUCCCAAGUGAAAACCUCUUUAUCAAAGCAGUUAUUACAGUGAGCAACUUAGCUUGUGGGUUAUACAACCAGCGUCUGUAUGACCAGGCCUUCACGCUAGUUGAGAUUGUUUGCAGGGAUCUAUGCAAAAGUUGCCCAGUAUCGCUCUCUGUUGAUAGGUUGAAUCGACUCUUCAUGUUGGCUGUGCAAACUUCACGGCGAGCUCAACAGCUGGAGCGAGCACUUGACUGGGUCGUCCUGUGGUUGAAAACUCUAGGGGAAAAUGUCUGUGCUCACAUGGCUGAACCACUCUCUCUGUGGGUAAAAACGAAGAUCGAUGCAGCACGUAACUCUGAAGAGGACAUCCGACUAAGGACAUUACGCGAUGGUUUCAGUCCUGAUGUCCCUGAUGAGAGCGUAAUGCUUUGCCUCUUGGAAGAAGAGUUGCGCGCAUAUAAGGAGGUGGCCGGGGACACUGCUCAGGAGCGUUAUAACACACUCUGUGAUCUUCUGGACAUUUGCCAUGAGGAGAGUUCGCACACCCACCUUCGUGCAGUCUACCUUUGUGAAAUGGCCCAAGUUGUGUGUUUCCAGGAUUUCAGUGAACAGACUGACUGCACAGCAGUUGACUUUACUCAUGAAUCUCUGCGGCUAUUGGAGGAAGAACCUGAGACUCCAGAGAAUGCUGAUAAACUGAAGGAUGACAAGGCACAUACCUUACUCUGGCUCUAUAUCUGCACACUGGAGAGGAAUCUUCAGAAGGCCAUUGAGAAGGAUACAAAACUGCGAGAGCUGCGUGAGCAGACACAGUUUGUGGACAACCCUAUAGGAACAAAUGAUUUUGAUUAUGAAGACAAGCAGAAGACCCAAGACAGCAUUCUGGUGUAUGAAGGUCUACAGUUUAACCUGGCUGCAGAGAACGAGUUGUGCAAGCCUUUGGAUGAAGCAUUGAAUGAAUGGUCCACUCUUUUAAAGUCUCCAGUGCUGCCUUCAAUCAGGAACCCUAAGCAGACCUGUAGCUCUAUUGCCUUGACUGCAUCUCUCUUCAGGCUAAUGGGAAAGCCCCUUAAGGCUUUGGAAGCUUACCAGCUUACUAUUGGACUUUCACAUCACCUUGCUGAUGCGCAGGGUCGUGCCAACUUUCUGUGUCAAUCAGCAAGCCUCCUGCUGGAAAUCGGCUCUCCUGACCUGGCUUUGACCCAACUAGAGUUAGCAGAGAAUAAUCUUGCCACAGAUACCACUGUUGAUGGACCUUCUUCCCUCUCUAUGUUGACAAUUCUGUUAAAAGCUCAGUACUGCUACAGCACUGGACAGGUGGCUCGUGGCGUGCCUUAUCUGUGUGAGGUGCUCAAAGAAGUGAAUGAGCAAAGGCAGUCAAAGAGCUGGUAUCUCCUGCGUGCUCGUGCACUUCAGACCUGCUGCUCCUAUCUCAGUUUGGACACAGCUACAGUGCCAAAAGCUCAGCGCAGCUGUAUCACACAGCUUGGUAUAAACAGCCCGGACACUGCUCUCUAUGAAAGUCUGAAGCUUCUCUGCAGCUUGCUGGUUACACUGGUGGGUAAAGGUCUAUAUGGGACUACUGGCAACAUCUCAGAUGUGCGUUUUGUUGACCAAGGAGAUAACCUAGUGCUGAAAUGGCAGUUGCUCUCAGAGCUGUUAAACUGCUCUAUGAAGAUGGUGGCAUUGAGGAGCUCCUGUGGGGCCAUCAAUGAUGCCAGACUCCAGUGCCUUGAAGCCCUUAAACUGGCCAUUAAACUGCAAGCCCUUGGCAGAUGUGCUGAGCUACUGGUGAUAAAAGCUGAGUUGGAGCUGAUGCAGGGUGAAAGAGAGGAAAGUGGAUAUGAUCUCGACAAAGUCAGGAACCUUCUGGAGCUCUGUACAGAUUUUUCUGAUCAGGUGAAGAAGACUGGGGUGAAAAUUAAGCCAAGAAAAGGUCGUCUAUUGCAGAAAACACAGUUUCCCCUUCCAACCUCGGAGGAAGAUUUUAAGAGCAUCCUGAGCACUAGAUGGAUCAGCAAAGAGCCUGUAGUCAAUGAUCCAGCCAACUCCCCGCCUCUUAAAGCCCAGCCUCGACGCUGGCUCUCCUCCCUGAUGCAUGAAUCUAACUGCCAGUGCCCCUGCUGCUCUGAACCCUGUCUGGGCCGUGCUACUGCUCGCUGGGCUGCCACACAAGCUGAUGUGCUUCUCCAACUAGAUCCCAAUGAAGCCAAAGUUAGUUUUAGACUUCGAUGGGCAGCAUUGACUCGCUGCAAGAAUGUCACUGCCAAACUUGGGGCAAAAUUGGCAAAACUUUUCCCUUCUUGUGGACCCGCCAAAGGCAUCUUGAAACCUUCCAUGAUGCAGGAUGUGGUGGGUCGCGUGUACCUUUGCAUGGCCCUGCCUGCCCUGGAACCAAGACUUAGCAAAGUCUGCAGUAUAUGGAAGGUACUGGAAGCCGGCCUAUCAUUUGUGGAUUCAACUGUCUCUCCAGCUCUAAGACCUGUGAAGGCAGGCCUAAAUGCAACCAAAGCCAUAGCGUUACUGAUUACAUUAGCUUCAAAAAAGGGCUGCAACCCAGAAGAACUCUUCUUGAAUGCUUGGACGUGGAACGCACCCGAAGAACAGAAACUGAUUAAAUCAGAAGAGAAAAAUGUACAUUCAUCAUCAAAAGAAGGGAUCUCUCAAAAACCCAAAAACUCUACUAAACUAUCUGAUGUUGGUGACAAUACAAAGGUAAAGGUGGUCAAGCCCAGGAUUGGAGUGACGGGUGUCUCAACAAAAGGAAAAAGUCAAGUUCCCAUGACCCCAGUAAUGAUAAAAACAAAGCCCACUGUUAAGGAUCUUGGUACUUUUGACUUCAACACAGUGGUACCUACAUUGUCCUGUACUCCUAUUCAAAAAGCGAAACCUGUGGUGCAGAAAGCACCAAGGACUGCUACUAAGCUUCAGUUCCAGGUAUAUGAAGAGCUUUCACCAGUUCAGGACAAAGCCCAAGCUGUGCCUGCUGCCCCCAAACGCACAAAGAAAUCCCGUUUCCAGGUGGAGUUUAGUGAUGAGAGUGACUCUGAGAGUAAUAGUCAAGCAAAGUCUAAAGAAAAAUCUGAUGCCACUAAAAAGCGACCAACUACGAGAAGAACAACAAAAGCUGCUCUAGAUCCUCCUGUGGAAAAGGUUCCACUGAAGAGGCAAGUUAAGGGUAAAAGAAGCAAAGCUUCGUCCUGUGCUGCAUCUUCAGAGGAUGAUGACACGUUGAUCAGUCAGCCUGCUCCAACAAGGAGAGGAAGAACCAGAAGAGAGCAGGCCGGGGCACAUGCAGAAACGAUGGAGGGGCCAGACAAAAUGAGAGCAAUUGAAGAAGAAACUAACGAAUUUCUGGACAUUAGCAUAGAGCAACUUAGGACAUCAGACAAUGAAACUCAAGACAAUGCUAGUUCAAGUAAAGAGAUUGACAUUGAUUUUGAGGUCUUGCGGAGGGAUAUGUGUUGCAGUGUUGAGAGAUGUGACUUGUCUGAGAUCAGGAGCAGAGAUCUACUCGUAGAAGGUCAACAGACCCACCUCCCUCAGUCAAGCAGGAGGCCAGACAAUGUUUCUCUGGAGGACAUUCAGACAUUGCUCCGCUCGUCUUGGCUAAGCUUUCAGCACUUCCCCUCUCCCACUCUCUACCCGGCUGUUUGUUCUCUUCUGGCCCUGACCAUUGGACAGCAGGAUCCUGUAACUACAGCAAUGCUACAUGCCCAGUCCUUAGGCAUCACAAGCCGCCAUCGCACCAUCCGGCAUUUAGCCAGCACACUUAGAAAGCUGAGGAAGUCAUUCAGUCAACUGACAGACAAGAUGGAUGCUAUGAGCCUAAAUGAACCCAGUUCAAAUGGACAGACUUCUACUGAAAAGAGGUUGUCUCAGAUAGAGGACAUCUUUUCUUUCCCUACUGCUGACUCCUCAUCUUUCCCCGAGAGCCACUGCAAAGAGUUUCUCCAUCAACUUAAUCACCUUCCCCCUGGUGUAACAGUGUGUGUGAUGUCUUUGCUUGGAGUAAAACCUGGAGAAAUGGGCAACAGCAUCAUGCUGUCUCGUCUCGAGAAAGGAUCUGCCCCUGUCACUGUCCACAUCCCCACAUCUAAACACCAGCAGCCUAUUAGUUGUCUUGUCCAAGAGAUGGACAGCAUUCAGGUGCAGCAGAAAGUUGUGAGCUGUGUUUCGGAGAAAGCCAAGUGGUGGGAGGGCCGCAGGGCUCUGGACUCUCAAGUCGAGCGACUGUUAAAAGAAAUGGAGACGUCAUUGGGAUGCUGGAAGAGCUUUCUUCUACCUCUUUCAUCUGAUCCUGAACUUUUGAAGCAGACACAGCACCUCUGCAAAAAGCUGUCAGCCAGAGGAGUGACAGUCAGUGAAGAAAUGUUAAAGGCUGUGCUGUCUGCGUCCCCUGAGCUCUCUCAAGAAGACCUCCAAAGGUUUACACUGGGACUUUCUCCACAGUGGGACGUGGAGUGUGACCAGCUUAUGCGUACAGCUGUGUCCCAACUCGCAGAUAGAGAUGAGCCUAAAGGUCAUAUGGUUCUUAUACUGGACAAGUACCUUCAGAAGUUACCAUGGGAAUGUAUUUCCAUCUUAAAAUCUCACUCUGUCAGUCGGAUGCCUUCUUUACACUCACUGGUUGGGCUAAGCAUUCAGAAAGAGGCUGACUCUCGGUCCGUCCUGAAUCAGGGUGUAGAUACAAAGCAGGUGUUUUAUGUUCUUGAUCCUGAUGCCAAUCUGGGAAACUCUCAGGAGCGUUUCAAGGAAUGGUUUAGCAGUCAACCAGAGUGGGAAGGAGUGUGUGGAGUUGCACCAGACUUGGGUCGACUGGAAGAGGCAGUUGCAUCGAAGGACCUAUACAUUUACGUGGGUCAUGGUGCAGGGGCACGGUUCUUGGACAGCCAGGCAGUCCUGAAAAAGCAGAUGAGAGCAGCUUCUUUGCUUUUUGGGUGCAGCAGUGCUGCUCUGGCAGUCCGUGGGGAUCAGGAGGGACAGGGCAUCAUCCUCAACUACCUCAUAGCAGACUGCCCCUUUGUUUUAGGAAACCUGUGGGAUGUGACAGAUAGGGACAUUGAUCGCUUCACUAAAGCCUUGUUGGAGUCCUGGCUAAGUGCUGGAUCUGGAGCUCCCAUCCUGGACUUCAUGGGCCCAUCUCGUCAGGCCACAAACCUAAAAUACCUCAUAGGAGCUGCACCUGUUGUGUAUGGAUUACCAAUCCACUUGCGUUAGGUGGACUGAUGAGCUAAAACGGCACAUGUAAAUAAGUCAUGACACAUGCACAUAAAGUUCUGCAUUUUCUUAACUUAAAAUGAUGCUUCAGUUUUAACUGUUUACUAUCAACUUGUUGAUUUUAGAAAUCCUAGUGUUUUAAUCCACUUUUUGUUGGACAAUUUCUUAAUAAAUGUGUUUCCUAUA